AAACUUCACACUAUAGAGUAACAGGUCGCGUUCUUUGAAAAUAAAUUUUUUCAACUUUUAAAAGUUUUUAUUUAAAGGAUUUAAAAGAAAUUUAAUUAAGGAGUGACUGAACAUUAAUUUCAAUAUCUCAAAAUGUGGAUUAUUAAAACAACAUUAUCGGUAAUUUUGAUCGUUGGACUUUGUACAGCUGCUGACACGACGUCAUCAAAAUCAAAGACUGUUGUUAAAGAAAAAGAAGCUAAAGAGAAGAGAGAUGCUGGAUCUGCAACCUCAGGACCUUAUUCAUAUGUAGCACCACAAAAGCAAUUCCAUUCACCAAUUCAUGUUGCCCAGCCACAAGCAAAAUACGCAAAUAAUGAGCAUCAACAGACAAUCCAAAAAGUUGCACCUUUGGAAUAUACAAAACAAGAAGUAGCUCCAGUUCAAGUUCAACAUGUACAACAUGUCGAACAACCUGCUCAACAAUUUCACCCAACAACUUUCCAUCAUCAAGCAUCUGCUCACUACGCACCAGAAGCUGAAAAUUCAUUAGCUCAAGCUUACAAAGCAUACGAUGAUUUUGCAUUUUCUUAUCCAAGCUACGAGUCAUUCAGUCAAAUGCCAAUUGUUCAUUAUAAUGGAGAUUAUGAUAAAAUUUCAAGUUCCGUUAUUUCAAUACCCGGCUAUAGCUUAAAAUCAGCUCCAAUGUAUUCAAAUAUUAAGUCUGUUCCAUCUUAUUCAUAUGCUGCUCCUUAUACAUCCCAACCCUCAUCUGCUUCCUAUGUUGUGCCAUCUUCAUACAGCUAUCCAUCGUACACAUCAAACCAUCAAUCCGCUCAACAAGCUCAACAUUCUUAUCCAUCAGCUCAACAUUCCUAUCCAUCAGCUCAACAUUCUUCUUAUCCAUCAGCUCCAUACUCUUAUGCCAACAUUUAUGCACCAGCUAAUAGCCACAGUGCAGGUUAUACAAGUCAAAUCCCAGCAGCUGUUUAUGUUUCACAACCAAUCGUCCACAAACCAGUUCAAACAAAGGCUCCAAUCUAUGCAACCGGAUCUAAGGGAUUAAGUCACUACUCAAGUGCUAAUGCUGCACCAAUUGCUGUCCAUCAAUCAAAUGCAUACGUUAAAAAUACUUAUGAAGUUCCACAAUACACACAAACUGAACGACCAUUCAAGCCUUCAGCAUUUUUGGGUGCAUCACACAUUAGCGGAGGUGAUUCAUAUACAGAACAAUCAAUUUCAUCAGGAAAGCCAUUAAAUACUGCUGAAUAUUAUGUUCCAAGCAAAUCAUAUCUUCCAGCUAAGGAAACAGUCCAAUAUGUAUCAUAUCCAGUCAAAGAAAAUGUCCAGUAUUCAUCAUAUCCAGUCAAAGAAAAUGUCCAAUAUUCAUCAUAUCCAGUUAAAGAAAAUGUCCAAUAUUCAUCAUAUCCAGUCAAAGAAAAUGUUCAAUAUUCUUCAUAUCCAGUUAAAGAAAAUGUCCAAUAUUCAUCACAACCAGCAAAGCAAACUGUCCAAUAUUCAUCACAUGCUAACAAAGAAGUUGCUCAAUAUGCUUCACACCCAGGAAAAGAAACCUAUCAAUAUGUAGCACAGCCACAAAUUGAAUAUCAAAUUCAGUAUGUCCAACAACCAGCAAAGUCAUAUCUUCCACCCGUUGCUAACAGUUAUUUGCCACCAAAAUCAGCUGUUCCAGAAGCACCAAAGAACUCAUACCUUCCACCAACUACAGCCUAUCCACAAGCACCAUCAAAAAAUUAUUUGCCAGCUAAGGUUGAAAAGCCAGUGAGCACAUACUUGCCACCAACUAAAACAUACCUUCCACCAAGUGCUUCAUACCAAAAUCAACAAUAUCAACAUCAUCAAGCUCCAUCAGCACCAUCACAAUCAAACACAGAAGUCCAUCAACAAUAUCAACAGUCACAUGAAAAUUAUGAUUCAUCAGAAUAUCAAGCAGUUGUGUCACAAUCGGGACAUAAAUAAGAAGUUGUGCACUCUACAGUAUUAUCAUCAUCAUUUGCAUAUAAAAAUAGACAACCUGAAUUGUCUUUUCACCAUCAUCAUCAUUCUUAUUUAUUAAAAAUGAUAUCAUGCUGUAUUUUUUGUUACUUAUAUUACAUUUGUUUUUGUUAAUGCCUUAUUGUUAAAAGAAAAAUGUUGUUUGUUGAAUUUAAAAAUCUGUGUCACACAUCAGACGACGACAUGAAUGAAAGUGAAAAGAACAUUUACGCACGUCGGGUAUAAUGACUUUUUCCCCUCAUUUGUUACUUGCUUACUCAACAAUAAAUUGAGAUAAUUUUUAAGAAAUAAACAUAUUUGUAAAGAC